AUGGCAAAGAAGUCCAAGAAGGUAUCUGUUGUUUCAAGCUUUGACGCACUACCCAACGUUGGUAGCCGUGAGGUCGACCCUCGCCCAUCGUGCUCGCCAUACACAAGCACGUACAUCAAAGUCUUCUUCGGCGCCAAUGCCAAUGCGAUGAAAGUCCCCAAUGAACUCCUCCAGAAGUGCUCCAACCUGCCUGUUGGUAAUAUCGUCUUGGCAAACAGUCUUCACCUCACACAUAUUCCAGAGGAGGUCGGUCAUGUCCUUGUCCAUCAUCUCUUCACAGAAACCUUCCAGUGCUUGGCGCCGAAAGGGUCUACACAUCAGGAACAAAAGCUCGACGAGCUCAUGACGUGCAUUCAUGUCUAUGCCGUCGCGUGGGACUAUAAGCUCAACUCCCUCAAGGAGCAGGCUCGAAGCGAGAUUGAGAGGCUAGGAGAGUCUUUGCCCAUUACCCCUUUCUUGGCUGCCUUGAAUAAAGUAUAUCCGCAUCCAAGCAAAGAUGAUAUCUGGCUUGGCGGCUACUUGAAGGAUCGAAUGAGGGCGCUCUUCGCUGGCCAUGAAGUCAAGAAGAGUACUGAACCAACCAGUGCUGGACCAAAGUCAUCUAUCGCCGAGUUGGUUUUCCACAGCGCUCUGUGUUUGCGCGAGGAAGCACUGGAGCUCAUCAAUGGAUCGAAUGAACAUGAGCCUCUAUCCUGUGGACACGUUCCUGAACCUGACCCUAAGGCCGAGCUUUCGUCCUACAGUUCCGAACAUGAACCUGAGUUCGCGUGCCAAGAUAUCUUGCCUGAAUUGAUACCAGUGGAAUCUAGAGGGUAUGAAGCCAUGCCAAAGCCUGAGCCCACGUGUGACAAUGCGACUCCCAAUGCCCCACAAUAUGGAGCCUUAUCUGCACUCGCAUACGACGACGAGCAUGUAUGUUGCGAGUCUAAGCCUGACCCGGACCCUGUGGAAGAGAGUGCUUCAACUUUACCUAUCAUGAACGAUGCUGAUCCUGCCGAAGUACUGAUCACAUCUGGAGAAAUUCCCAGAGAAUAUUCUGUACUGGAACCUCUCUGUCAAGAUGAAACUGUUUUUGUCCCCGGCUCAGAAACAGACUCAAGUUCUCCGGUCUUCACGCCACCAUCAUCGACGGCAUCGGACCAUUCUUCAAAUUCAGCGAAGAUUCAACGCUCGGAAGUUGAAGUACCGCACCAGGAGGAAACAGGCCCGGCAGCAAAGAAGCUAUCAAGACUCUUGAGCAGGAAAGACAAGAAGUCCAAGAAAAGAAGACUUCGGGAGGCACAGGCCUUGCAGGAGCCAGAACUGAAUGACGUUUGUGAAUCAAUGAGUCAGCACUUGAAACUCGGAGGAGAGUGGAAGGACUGCGAAUUUUGCCGAAAGCUUGUAGACGGAUUAGCAGCUGAACUAUGA